GCUCGCAAGUGUCCUGUGUAUCAUCUAUCUUUACAGUACUGUUAUUCUUUAUAAACGACAUAAAAAAAGGGACGCGAUAUCUCCUCGCGUUGCUAGAUCAUACGUACAUUAUUUUGCGAGGUAAUUAACAUCAUAGGUUUUUUUAAUCAAAAACUAUCCCACGUAGUUUUCGAGCACGAGAUACAGUUUCAAAGAUGUGGUCAUUUGUUCCGACGGUGUGUCUUUUGAUUGGAGCGAUUAUCGGAAGCUGUGAAUUCGUCAACAGCCUGUACGUAGCACAACCAGGGGAUGAAAACAACGAUAUGUCGAUCGAUAAUCGGGAUGGAAAAACUUCUAUGGACGUAUUGGAAGCGUGGAAAGAAAAGGAACCGCUGGUGAUAGAGGAAAUAUACGAGGAGCAAAUCGAUCCAAAUAUUCGCUCAACAGAUGGACGAAGGAGAAACGAGUAUCUCGAUGCCACGGAUAAUGCGGAAUAUAACCGAAGAAUAAAUUCGCUCGCAAACACCGCUUCGAAGAGAAGAGAAAUCGUAGAAUCAUGGUACGAUCUGCCGAAGGAAAGCGAGGAGCAGCAGGAUCCUCUUCCUCUUUCUCAGACGAAGAAGAAGAAGAAGAAAAAGACGAUGACGACGACGGCUAUGAAUCCGUGGAUUUAUCGGUGGGGAAACAGGAAAAGACAAAACGCGGACGGAGGAAGUUCUAGUGUUCGUCGACCGAUUCGCGUGCCAUUUAAUAGCUGGGGUGGUAAACGAGGGGAAGAGUAUUCGAGAUCGGCUGCGAUACUUUUCCCAGUGAAACGAACCAAGUUGACGACGUACGAUCGGUAUGAUCGAGACGGAUCCAUCGACGGAUACGACGUUAAAAGGGAGGCGACAGAUAUGGAUAAAGUCAGAUGGAAGACUCCGUUUAACAGUUGGGGUGGAAAAAGAGCGGGAAAAUCGACCGAUCGAGAACGAUAUUUGCGACUUCUAAUGGAACGCGUUGAUAACCUCCCUAUAUUUGGUAUUUUGAAAGAAUACGGAUUCGCCAAGGGAAGAAAUAAUGAAAAAGGAAAUGUUAAUUUUCCCUAUCGAAAUCCAUUUCGCAUUUAUAACAAAACAAAUGAAUACGAUUCUUCGACUACCAAUCGCCUGAACGAAAGGUUACCAUUAAUGCCCAACAAAAGAAUGAAACACCACGAGAUAUGUAAGAGAACAUCGCAGUGGGAUCCAUGGGGUGGAAAGAGAAGCUUAGAAUCAUACACUACCCGUUUUGGCAAGGAUGUUGCGUUACUCGCGUACUCUUUGGGGGGCAACAAGACCUUCCUAUGUUGUUAUCCCCUCGAACAACCAAAAUAAUUAAUAAUAUCAUGCUAUCGAACCUUUUUCUGUGAUGUUCAAAUAAAUCGAAACGAUGAAAUUAGCAAAGCAGUUUAACAAAGCUUGUACGUCAUAAGUUAUUCAUUUAUUCCGUUAUGUACAAUAAUUUUUCCCGGAUUUAAUUAACAAAUUUGAACACGACCACACGUGCAAACAUAUUUGAUUUUUCUUCAGAUACAUGUAGGCGUAUCCGUGAGAUAACUAGUAUGUAUUACCAUUGUUCAAUUCAUACAAAUACACAUAAUUAUAUAUGUAUAAUGCAAUCAUGAGUAGAAAGAAUUUGUCGAAUAACGUGUAUUAUAUGUAAAUAAAUGCAUAUUUAAUUAUUGAAAAUUUCU